AUGACUGACACAAUCAGCGACGACGUCCACCGGCGGCCCUCCCAUUUGUCUCCCGCCGUGAUGGACGACUACACCUUUCCCGAGCUCCGCCUGAAGCGCACCAUGAGCGACCCCGAAAAGACCCCCCUCCUGCUCGUGGCCUGUGGCUCUUUCUCGCCUAUCACCUACCUCCACCUGCGCAUGUUCGAGAUGGCCGCCGAUUACGUCAAAUUCAGCACGGACUUCGAACUCGUUGGGGGGUACCUGUCGCCGGUGUCGGAUGCCUAUCGUAAAGCCGGUCUGGCUAGCGCUGAGCACCGUGUCGCGAUGUGCCAGCUCGCCGUGGACCAGACCUCCGACUGGCUGAUGGUGGAUACGUGGGAACCCAUUCAGAAAGAAUACCAACCGACCGCCGUCGUGCUGGACCAUUUCGACCACGAGAUCAACACGGUACGCCAGGGCAUCGAGGCCGGCAAUGGCACUCGCAAGCCCAUCCAGAUUGCCCUGCUGGCGGGUGCCGAUCUGGUCCAUACCAUGUCCACCCCUGGAGUCUGGAGUGAAAAGGAUCUGGACCACAUUCUUGGAAAAUACGGCACCUUCAUCGUGGAACGCAGCGGAACCGAUAUCGACGAAGCCCUCGCUGCUCUGCAAACAUGGAAGAAAAAGAUCCAUGUCAUCCAGCAACUCAUCCAAAAUGACGUCAGCAGCACCAAAAUCCGUCUAUUCCUGAGACGUGACAUGAGCGUCCGAUACCUGAUACCCGUGCCUGUCAUCCACUACAUCGAACAGCACAAUCUCUACAAAGACGAUUCCGCAACAAGCGACAAGGGCAAGGGCCGACAAGAGUCGGGUUGA